CAGUGCGAGGUGAGCCAGUGAGCGAGAUGGAGGAGGAAUUACGGUGUGCUCAGUGUGGCGGGUUUUACCACGUGCCUGUUUUAUUAGUAUGUCGUCAUGCCAUGUGUCUUGCUUGUGCUAGAGAACUUCAGAAACCAGCAGUGGCAGUUCCCCGUAACGAGGAGGAAGGGAGUGCGCCUCCUGCCGAGGAUAUCCACGAAACCUCUGAGGUUGACAAACUUUCUGUGCUGAGCGACGCCGACUCUGGUGUGUCUUGCAGCUCCCGACCGACCAGCCUGGUAGGCGGCUCAGAGGUGGGUGGUAACAGUGAGCCUUUACCGCCCCCGCCUGUCUACACAAUCACCUGUCCCCAGUGUGGGGUGGCCACCCCUACUGACGAAGCAGGGGCGCAGGGCCUGACACGCUACCGAGUCCUGGCGGCCGUGGUGGACAAACACCUUGAGCGAUACCAGGUAGCUGAGCCCUGCCAGUUGUGUGAGGGGUCGGGAGCCCCGCGCCCCGCCCAAGUGUUCUGCGACCAGUGUCUAGUGUUCUACUGCGGCCCCUGCAGGGACUCCUGCCACCCUGACCGAGGGCCGCUGGCCGCCCACUGGCUCGUUAAUGUAGCUGAGGGCCGGGCUCUGUUGAGGGCUCGGCGGCGGGAGCGUGAGGGCCGGUGUGGCCACCACCCUCAGGAGCAUGUGUCCAUGUACUGUCUCACCUGCCGCCUGCCUGUGUGUGUCCUGUGUCUCCACCACGGCAGACACCACGCACAUGACGUACACGCUCUCAACGCCGUCACCAAAACUCAUAAGACGGAGCUGUCCCAGGCCCUGCAGCAGCUGUCAGAGAAGGCGAGGGCUGCCACAGAGUUCAUCCACACCCUAAAGACUUUCUCAGAUGAGGUCCACGGUAACUGUCGGGAAGUAGAGGGAGUGAUAGUGGCCCAGGUGGAUGCCCUGGUGGAGGCACUGCAGGGCCGCCGCACUGACCUCAUCAACUGGGUCAGGAGACAGCGAGAUACCAAGGUUCAUGCACUGAGAGAACAAGUACAGGACUACACCCACACCCUACAGUCUACCACGGCCACCAUCCACUUCUGUAUCGAGGCUCUCAAGGAGUCUGACCCAGCAUCAUUCAUGGAGGCUCAGGAAAUCUUAGAGGAGCGAGUGUGUACGAUGACUCGGGACUGGGAGCAGUCCAUGGUGCCGGAGCCUAGAGUCCCUCCUGUCUUCAACCUGACACUGGACGAUAAAACUCUCUUAACUGCCAUCCAGCAACUCACCUUCAUCCAGCUCAAACGCCCAGUUGUUACUCAGCCACAGUCAGAUGGCUCAGCUCCCGGCACCCCGUCCAUGAUCCCAGAGGAGUGUAGUGCCGAGAACAACAGUGUGACCAUCGCCUGGGCUCCUCACCCCACCUCCUGUGUCACCGGCUACACCCUGGAGAUAGAUGAUGGCUCCAAUGGGCCCUUCAGGGAAGUGUACACAGGAGGGGAGACAGUUUGCACCAUCGAUGGUUUGCACUUCAACUCCAUCUACCGAGCCAGAGUGCGAGCCUUCAACAACACAGGGAAUUCCCCCUUCUGUGAACCAUUGUGUUUGCAGACAGCUGAAGUUGCUUGGUUCACCUUAGAGUCCAACCACCUCGACCACACACUGUCUGAAAAUGGCUUCACUAUCUCUUGUGACUCUUAUGAGCACCGAGUGGCUCUUGGAAGUGUUGGCUUCUCCAGGGGCGUCCACUACUGGGAGUUCAAGAUUGAAAAAUAUGAUGGAAAUGCUGACAUUGCUUUUGGACUGUCAAGAGUUGAUAUCUGCAAGGAGAUGAUACUUGGUAAAUGUGGAGGCAGUUGGAGCAUGUACAUUGACAGCGAGCGAUCUUGGCUGAUGCACGGCGGAGAACACUUCAACCGGUCCACUGGAGGGGUGCGGACAGGGGACACUGUAGGACUGUUGCUCAAUCUACCUGAAAAGACACUUAGCUUCUAUGUUAAUGGGGAGUUACAGGGACAUUUAUCUCUGACUGGAGUAAGUGGAGUUCUGUAUCCAGCCAUUAGCUUAAAUAGAAGUGUGGUCCUGACUGUGCAGACUGGCCUAAAACCUCCCAAGCACUACCUGGGUGUACCUCCUGAUGCUGAGACAUAGAUGCAACAUUCAUACUAUUAUUAAUAUCUUUAUUAUUGUCUUAUCUCCAAUCUGAUAGUUUAAUUUGUUGUGUGAAUUUUGUUACCCAAAUCCAGUCAUGUUUAAUACAUAUGGAUAAAAUAUAUAUAUAUUAACACAGUACUAGAAAUUUUCCAUUGUACUUUAAGUUGAUUAGAUGAUUUAAAAUUUGUGUUUACUAUCCAUAAAGUAAUAAGUUGCAGAUUCUGAUUAGAUAUAAGCAUUCCUUUAGAGGACUACAUUCUUGUCCAUAAUAAUAAUGUUUUACUGGUAUUGUGAGCAGCAGUACCUUUAAUACUGUCAGGAACAUUGUGCCUCUUUGUUGCACACAAGUACACACUUUUCUUUUAUGAUUGUAUACAAUAAUUUUUUUAAGUGUUUUCCAUGUGAUAGUAUAUAAGUGACCAAAAAAUUACCUAUAUGAGUUGUGGAUCUCCUGAUGUGUCUCAAGUUUAUUUCAUGCAGGUGUAUUUCCCAAGAGUACUUAUUACCUGUGGGAAAUUAUGUAACAGAUGGAUAAAUUACUGGCAUAUCUUUGUAUAUAUUGUAUAUAACUUGAAAAGGCAUUGCCACUGAACUGGCUACAAAUAUUACAUUAACAAUUCUGCUAUUUUCUAGUCCAACAAGCUUGAGAAUCAUAAUGAGGUUUUGUAUGAAUGUGACACUAUCUGGAA